AUGGACUCCCCUCUUCUGAAUCAGCUGUUCCGACAACUCUUCAACCAUCGAGCAUGUCAAUGCACACGCCCGACAUCCGUCCGCCGACUCAAUGGCACGAGACGUGGCCUGCAGCAUUAUCAACAGUCUCGCUCGUUCCUCAGCAGACGAGAGACCAGCCCAAAAAAGAACGCGACGAAUGAUGGGACCAUGUGGACAAAACGGGACGAUUAUCCCAGAGAUCUUGAUCAGCAACUCCGGACAUUCCCUCUUGUCACGGCGAAGGACUUGCGGAACAGGCGCGAACGGCCGAGGCAGGUGAAAAUGCUGACAAGAGAGUUUAUCGAUGAUAGCUUAUACAACCCACAUUACGGAUACUUCUCCAAACACGCAACCAUCUUCCAUCCCGGCGAACCAUUCGAUUUCAGCCGCAUCGAAGAUGGUCCUCACUUCCACCGCCUACUAGGCGAACGAUACACCGAAUUCGAAGACAAACUCGACGAGACAAACCCGGACAUCGCUCGACAAUUAUGGCACACCCCCACAGAACUGUUUCGACCGUACUACGGAGAAGCCAUUGCGCGAUAUCUGGUCACAAAUUACCGCCUUUCACUGUAUCCCUACCAUGAUCUGAUAAUCUACGAAAUGGGUGCUGGAAACGGAACGCUGAUGUUGAAUAUCCUUGACUUCAUCCGCGACUCCGACCCGGAAGUCUAUGCCCGCACAAAGUUCAAGAUUAUUGAAAUCUCUUCGUCGCUCGCAAAAGUACAGAAAGAGAACCUUCGCGCCUCUCUCACCGCGGGCGGUCAUACGGGCCACGUCCAAAUCAUUAAUAAAUCCAUCUUCGACUGGAAUGAAUAUAUCCAUUCCCCUUGUUUCUUUCUUGCGUUGGAAGUGUUUGACAAUUUCUCCCACGACGCCAUUCGAUACGACUAUGAGACCGAAAUGCCGCAACAAGGUGGCGUCGUAAUCGACUCCGACGGCGAGUUUUGCGAAUACUACAAUACCACUCUGGACCCUCUCGCAUCACGGUUUCUACGGGCAAGGCAAGCUGCAUCCCGCCGCCCAUUUCCGAGCCCCUUACCAUCAAAACUGUCGCGAACUCUGCGCAGCUCAUUACCUCUGGGACGACGCGAUUAUACUCUCCCAGAAUACAUACCGACUCGCUUGAUGCAAUUUUUCGAUAUCUUGAGAGAUUAUUUCCCGGCUCAUAGGCUUGUGACCAGUGAUUUUAGCAGUUUGCCGGAUGCGGUGCCGGGACUCAAUGCGCCUGUUGUGCAGACGCGAUAUAAACGGAGGACGGUGCCUGUAUCAACUCCUUUUGUCCACCAAGGCUACUUUGACAUCUUCUUCCCGACCGACUUCAACGUCGUUGAGGACCUGUACCGCGCCAUUACGGGCAAAUUGACUUUCGUCAGCAGCCAUGAGGAAUUCAUGGAGCGAUGGGCUUAUAUUGGAGAUACGGAGACGAGGAGUGGAGAGAAUCCUUUACUGACGUGGUAUAAGAAUGCUAAGGUUUUGGCUACUGUAUAG